AUGGCAGCUCAAAAUUCUCAAUUCCAAAAGGAAACAAGGAGCAAUCUGAGGAACACAGGAGCUUCAAUCAAAAAUCUGGAAAUUCAAAUGAGUCAGAUUGAAAAACAAAUGACCAACACUCAACCAUAUGGUGCUCUACCAAGUGCUACGGUUACUAAUCCCAGAGACAAUAAUCAUGUGAACGCUGUGACAACAAGGAGCAAUAAAUCAAAAGAAACGCAUGAGAAGAACUCUGAUGAAGAGGAUAUGUUGAUUGAAUUGGAUGUGGAGAUUAAAGAAAAUGAGGUAGUAAGGAAAGAGGUCAUAGGUGAAGAAGGUGUAGUCAAAGAAAAAGUUGCUACACCUAAACCAGCGGUUAAACUUCCUUUCCCUACAAGGAAUAAGAAGAAAGAACAACAUGAGAAAAACUUCGAGAAGUUCUUAGAAAUGUUCAAGAAACUUGAGCUAAAUAUUCCAUUCUUAGAGGCACUGGAGCAAAUGCCUACCUAUGCGACGUUCAUGAAAGAUAUCAUCUCAAAGAAGCGAACAAUCGACAGUGACCCGAUUAUUCUAACUGAAACUUGUAGUGCUAUUUUGCAGGGAAUGAAGAUCCCUGUUAAAAAGAGAGAUCGAGGUUCUGUAACGAUUCCAUGCACAAUUGGUGAUAGGUCUUUCAAGAAAGCUCUGAUCGAUUUGGGAGUAAGUGUGAGUCUUAUGCCAUUAUCCAUUUACAAAAGAUUGAGAAUAGGUAAAGUAUAG